GUCAUUUCAGUCCAUUCAGCCUAUCCCUUGCAUUCUUCGUCCAAAAGUUCAUUCGCAGGUUCAUAAUCCUCCUCCAGACUUUUCUGGGAAAGUGAUAAGAAAAUAAGAAACCAAAAGAAAAAUCGAGAAACCGAAAAUCCGAUAACUAUGAGGUCCUUGCAUUUUACACCAGCAACUACAUUAAUUUUAAACGGUAAUCCUCGUAUAUCAUUCGCAAGUGGCUCUCCUGACCUCGAUUUCCCGAUUUCAUUGAUGCCAAUUCAGCCUCUUAAACAUUCAGUCACUCUUCUAAAACCCCAGUCUUAUCCGAAGCCACAGAUUAAUGCACGAAGAGGAGGAGGAGAAGAAGACCCAGAUUCCCAAGAGGCUCAAGUUCAAGACUUGAGGGUCCCAGAGCAUUGGUUGAUUCCCUCAAAGGCCUUGGAGGAAUCUGAGUGGCUCAGGUUUACCCUUCAUAAGUGGUUAGAUGAUGAGUAUUGUCCCGAGGAAACCAACGUGGAAAUCAGCAAGGUUGCUGCCAACUCAUUCUACAAAUCUUUGCUAGAGAAACAAACAGACCUUGGUGAAAUCUUGUUGAAGAUGGCUAGAGAAUUGGAAUACAUCUCCUACCAAGAGAGCUUUCAUGGGGCGUUCUCCUCAGCCAACGCAGCAGUAAACUUAAUUGCCCAACGCAUAGAGCAGGUUCAGUAGUUUAACAUGUUGCGGUUUCAAAGUAACUAACCGCUAUUUCCCUAAUAAAACACUGCCGACUGGAGUGCGGGGGGUCUUAUUAUUGAGGAUGUUAAAUAUUGUCUUGCAAGUCAAUGCAAUUGGGCAGCUUCACAUGUCUUUCGCGAGGCAAACCAAGCAGCCCACAUACUUGCCAAGUCUGCAUUAUUAAUUGAUGAGGAUUUGUAUGAAAUUGAAGAAUGUCCUUCGUGCAUUCGUUAUGUUGUAACCUCUGAACUGAUUUAAGUUAUAUCAAUGAAAUCAGGUUCUUAUUUCAAAAAAUAAAAAAUAAAACACAUUUCUGUCCUUGCU